GCCGAGGCCUGGUUGAGGCGGCGCUCGCUCGCUCGCUCGCUUCGCACGGUCGUCGGAGCCGCUGCCGCCUGGGCUGGGCCUGUGCGCCCUCCCGCCUUUCUCAUGUGACCCGGCCGGGGGCAGCGAGGAGGAAGGAAGACGGUGGCGGUGAGGAGGGGGCCGAAGGCGACCGAAGGAUCACGGCCAUGGCGGUCGCCGCUGUCGGUCCUGCUGCUGCUUCUUUCAGCAGGAGGACUCCGAGCCCCCGGCGCUGAGGGACGGGAGCCGCUGCUGCCGCCGCCGCCGCCGCCUGAGCCGGCCGCUUCCCUCUCUCAUCAUGGCUGAGCCGCCAGGCGGUAACGGUGCCGUCUCUCCUCCCGCAGGGUUGCCUCGAGAGGUCCGCGAGCAGCUGGCCGAGCUGGAGCUGGAGCUCUCGGAAGGGGACAUUACCCAGAAGGGAUAUGAGAAGAAAAGGGCAAAGCUGUUGGCUCCGUAUAUCCCACAGACCCAAGGGGUUGAUCCAGGUUUGCAAAAGGAACCACGAAAUCAGACGCCUGCUCCUUCUGCAGCUCCGGCAUCCUCCUCCUCCAAGUAUCACCGAGCACGCUCUGGGGGAGCCAGAGAUGAGCGCUAUCGAUCUGACAUCCACACAGAGGCAGUGCAAGCAGCAUUGGCAAAGCACAAGGAACAGAAGAUGGCCCUGCCCAUGCCAACCAAAAGACGGUCUACAUUUGUACAGUCUCCUGCUGACACCUGCACCCCGCCAGACACGUCUUCUGCGUCCGAAGAUGAAGGGUCGCUCAGGCGCCAGGCUGCUCUAUCUGCUGCAUUGCAUCAGAGCUUACAGAAUGCUGAGUCAUGGAUCAACCGAUCUAUUCAGGGGUCAUCCACAUCUUCAUCAGCAUCUUCUACACUAUCCCAUGGAGAAGGCAAAGGGACCAGUGGGUCACUAGCUGAUGUAUUUGCCAAUACUCGAAUAGAAAAUUUCUCAGUUCCCCCAGAUGUUACAGCAACUACCUCCACACCAGCUUCCUCUGUACGCCCAUCUGCUAUUGACCUGCCUCCAUCGGGAAUAGUGAAGGGCAUGCACAAAGCCUCUAACCGGUCCAGCCUUAUGGACACAGCUGAUGGUGUCCCUGUAAGUAGCAGAGUCUCCACAAAAAUUCAACAGCUGCUGAAUACUCUGAAGCGACCUAAGCGGCCACCCCUGAAGGAAUUCUUUGUGGAUGAUUUUGAAGAAAUUGUUGAAGUUCCACAGCCAGACCCGAAUCAACCCAAGCCAGAGGGACGCCAGAUGACACCAGUGAAAGGGGAACCCCUGGGAGUUGUAUGCAAUUGGCCUCCUGCCUUGGAAGCAGCUCUGCAACGCUGGGGGACCACACAGGCCAAAUGCCCUUGCUUGACAGCCCUGGAUGUCACUGGGAAGCCUGUCUACACCCUGACUUAUGGCAAGCUGUGGAACAGAAGCUUGAAGCUGGCCUACACAUUGCUAAAUAAACUGGGCACCAAAAAUGAACCUGUGUUGAAACCUGGAGAUAGAGUAGCCCUUGUUUACCCCAACAAUGACCCUGUUAUGUUCAUGGUGGCAUUCUAUGGCUGUUUGCUGGCAGAAGUCAUCCCAGUGCCAAUAGAGGUACCUCUAACCCGAAAGGAUGCUGGAGGGCAACAGAUUGGAUUUCUGCUGGGCAGCUGUGGCAUUGCUUUGGCCCUCACCACAGAGGUUUGCCUGAAGGGUCUCCCCAAAACGCAGAAUGGCGAGAUUGUGCAGUUCAAAGGUUGGCCUAGGCUCAAAUGGGUGGUAACGGAUUCCAAGUACCUCUCCAAAUCGCCAAAGGACUGGCAGCCCAACAUUUCAAAUGCAGGGACUGAACCAGCUUACAUAGAGUACAAGACGAGCAAAGAAGGGAGUGUGAUGGGUGUAACGGUGUCCCGAAUAGCCAUGUUGUCUCAUUGUCAGGCUCUGUCUCAGGCCUGCAACUAUUCUGAAGGUGAAACCAUAGUGAAUGUCCUGGAUUUCAAGAAGGAUGCUGGCUUGUGGCACAGCAUGCUAACAAGCGUAAUGAAUAAACUGCACACCAUCAGCGUGCCCUAUUCUGUGAUGAAAACCUGCCCUCUUUCGUGGGUGCAGAGGGUACACACUCACAAAGCUAGAGUAGCUCUGGUGAAAUGUCGAGAUUUGCACUGGGCCAUGAUGGCUCAUCGGGACCAAAGAGAUGUCAGCUUAAGUUCCCUGCGGAUGCUGAUUGUAACUGAUGGUGCUAACCCCUGGUCUGUGUCCUCCUGCGAUGCAUUCUUGAGCUUGUUCCAGAGCCAUGGGCUGAAACCAGAGGCAAUAUGCCCUUGUGCAACAUCUCCUGAAGCCAUGACAGUAGCCAUUCGGAGGCCUGGUGUUCCUGGGGCACCCUUGCCUGGAAGAGCCAUCCUAUCAAUGAAUGGGUUGAGUUUUGGUGUCAUCCGUGUAAAUACUGAAGAUAAGAAUUCUGCUCUUACCGUGCAGGAUGUUGGACAUGUGAUGCCAGGAGGAAUGAUGUGCAUAGUGAAGCCUGAUGGCCCUCCCCAGCUCUGCAAGACUGAUGAAAUUGGGGAAAUUUGCGUCAGCUCCAGAACUGGCGGGAUGAUGUAUUACGGGCUAACUGGAGUAACUAAAAAUACAUUUGAGAGCUCCGGUCAUCCUCCUGGUGAAUUCAUAGCUGGCUCUCCCUGUAUGGUAUGUCACUGCCUCAGGCGCUCUUGGGCUUCUUUGCUGGGCUUUGUUGGACCUGGAAGCCUGGUGUUUGUUGUUGGGAAAAUAGAUGGACUUUUGGUUGUUAGUGGACGCAGACAUAAUGCCGAUGACAUUGUGGCCACUGGACUGGCAGUUGAAUCUAUAAAGACGGUUUACAGAGGAAGGAUUGCAGUGUUUUCUGUGACCGUGUUCUAUGAUGAGAGGAUUGUGGUGGUUGCUGAACAGCGUCCGGAUGCUUCUGAAGAGGACAGUUUUCAGUGGAUGAGCCGAGUGCUACAGGCAAUUGACAGCAUUCAUCAAGUUGGAGUAUAUUGCCUCGCUCUUGUUCCAGCCAAUACUUUGCCAAAAACUCCUCUGGGAGGGAUCCAUAUAUCUCAGACCAAGCAACACUUCCUAGAGGGGUCACUGCACCCAUGUAACAUCCUCAUGUGCCCGCACACAUGUGUCACCAACCUUCCAAAACCCCGGCAAAAACAACCAGGUGUUGGCCCUGCCUCUGUGAUGGUGGGGAACCUGGUUGCUGGGAAACGCAUCGCACAGGCCUCUGGGAGGGACCUUGGACAGAUAGAAGAGAAUGACUUAGUGAGAAAGCAUCAGUUCCUGUCUGAGGUGCUCCAGUGGCGAGCUCAAGCAACACCUGAGCACACUCUUUUCCUCCUGCUUAAUGCCAAGGGAGCCCCAGUGUGCACAGCGACAUGCCUGCAGCUGCACAAGCGGGCUGAACGAAUCGCAUCGAUUCUGUUUGAAAAGGGACACCUCAAUGCUGGUGAUAACGUGGUGCUGCUCUAUCCUCCUGGCAUUGAGCUCAUUGCAGCAUUCUAUGGCUGCUUGUAUGCUGGUUGCAUUCCAGUGACUGUCAGGCCUCCUCAUGCUCAGAACCUCACUGCCACCUUGCCCACCGUGCGGAUGAUUGUAGAUGUCAGCAAAGCUGCUUGUAUUCUCACCAGUCAGACCUUGAUGAGGCUACUGAGAUCCAGAGAGGCCGCAACUGCUGUCGAUGUGAAAACCUGGCCAACCAUCAUUGACACAGAUGACUUGCCCAGGAAGCGCCUACCUCAGGUCUACAAGCCACCAACCCCAGAAAUGUUGGCAUAUCUGGAUUUCAGUGUUUCCACAACUGGGAUGCUUACAGGAGUAAAGAUGUCCCAUGCAGCAGUCAGUGCCCUUUGCAGAGCCAUAAAGCUGCAAUGUGAACUAUACUCCACGCGGCAGAUCGCCAUCUGUUUAGAUCCCUACUGUGGUCUGGGUUUUGCACUCUGGUGCCUUUGCAGUGUGUAUUCUGGUCACCAGUCCAUAUUAAUUCCUCCUAUGGAGUUGGAAUCCAACCUUUUCCUAUGGCUCUCCACUGUUAGCCAGUACAAAAUACGGGACACUUUCUGUUCCUAUUCAGUCAUGGACAUGUGUACCAAGGGGCUAGGGAAUCAAGUUGAUGUAUUAAAGUCAAGAGGCAUUAAUCUGUCAGGUGUUCGGACUUGCGUAGUGGUAGCAGAGGAACGUCCACGGGUGGCUCUUACUCACUCCUUCUCCAAGCUCUUCAAAGACAUUGGCUUGUCAUCUCGUGCAGUCAGCACCACCUUUGGAUCAAGAGUCAACGUAGCAAUCUGUUUACAGGGAACCUCAGGGCCUGAUCCCACCACAGUAUAUGUAGAUCUGAAGUCCUUGAGACAUGACAGAGUCCGGCUAGUUGAAAGAGGUGCUCCCCAGAGCCUGCUGCUUUCUGAGUCAGGCAAGAUACUGCCUGGGGUCAAAGUGAUCAUUGUCAAUCCUGAGACGAAAGGACCUGUUGGAGAUUCUCACCUUGGAGAGAUCUGGGUGAAUAGUCCCCACACUGCCAGUGGUUACUACACAAUAUAUGAUAAUGAAACCCUCCAAGCAGAUCAUUUCAACACCCGCCUGAGCUUUGGUGAUGCUGCCCAUACUUUGUGGGCACGAACUGGGUACCUUGGCUUUGUUCGCCGAACAGAACUCACAGCUGCCAGUGGAGAACGCCAUGAUGCACUAUAUAUCGUUGGGGCACUUGAUGAAACUCUGGAACUACGAGGGUUGCGUUAUCAUCCAAUUGACAUUGAGACCUCAGUUUCUCGGACACACAGAAGCAUUGCUGAAUGUGCUGUCUUCACAUGGACCAACUUACUUGUCGUGGUUGUGGAGCUAUGUGGCUGUGAGCAAGAGGCCCUUGAUCUGGUUCCUUUGGUUACCAAUGUAGUUCUGGAAGAACAUUAUCUGAUAGUGGGAGUUGUGGUGGUGGUGGAUCCUGGAGUGAUUCCCAUCAAUUCCAGAGGAGAGAAGCAACGCAUGCAUCUCCGUGACAGCUUCUUAGCUGACCAGCUGGACCCCAUCUAUGUAGCAUACAACAUGUAAUUUUGAGCUGGAAGGUGACAGCAAUGAUUACGGACUUUGCAGGGAUCAGGGACGGCUAUGGAAACGAAGCAAAAGCUGGUUGGAAAAUUAGUAAAGAUUGCUGUGAAGCUGGACUCUACUAUCCUGUUGCUUUCCACCGUCGCAUCCUGGAUUGUAUGCAAGGCAGACAGAUCAAGGAAGAAAAGAUGGCAGCUUGGCAAAGGAAGUUUGUAUUGGUAUUGCAGGACAUUCGAUUUACACAGUGGAAAGUUUGACCUGCAUGAGAAAACAAUGCAUUACUAAGGCCUUUACUGUAGUGUUAAUUUUUUUCAUCCAUUGUAUAUAUUUGUAUUUUUUCUAAUACUGUUUUAGGAUUCUAUGGAGGGGGGGUGUUAUUUAGUUAAGAUAACAAACUGUUAAGAAAAAGGUCACACAAAUUCUGCUCGUUCCCCAACAAAACAGUGUGCUUUGCAGUUGUACGUUAGCUUCAUCCUGUAAUGUACCAUUAAUACAGGGUCAUACCACGUACUUAAAAUUGUGCCAUGACAAAAUCCAAUAACCCACUGAAUGGAAGAAUUACUUAUUCAUAUAGAUAUUUCUUAAAUUUUAAAAAAGGAUUUUGCCUAUAUUUUAAAUAUGUAAAUAAUAAUAUGCAUAAUUCAUUUAUUUAGAUGACUGGCUCAAAUGAUGGUGACAUGUGCGGUAGAUGCCAUUUAAGGGCUUGGUUAAAGCUCUCAAACUUUUUUUUUAAAUUAGGCAACUAAUGUAAGAAAUGCAGAACUUAAAAUAGGUUGUCCACUCUGUUUUGUUUUAUUGUUGACCAGAGUAUAUCAUAGCAUGUAGAAGCCUAUAUUUUCAGUGCACAUAUUUCUAGAAGAGGCUAAAAUCCAUAUGCUUUAAAAACAUCGGAAUCACAAAGAAAAACCAGUUGCAACUCUGGACUGUUUAAUGUAACCUGUACAGCCUCUGCUCAACGCUGUCAUAAAAUGGUGUGUACGCAGAACUCCAUAUAACCAGAACCACUCAAUUCAUUUUCUGAGUCAGGAUUCCCUGCUUAUCUUCCCCAUCAUGAUUCUUUGUGCCCACUUACAGAUGCAAAUGCACAGAGAGAGACUUUAAUUUAAACUGGAAAAAACCCUGCAGUUUUCUUGAUGCCUUCCCUAGUAUCUGGGUGGAACUUGUUACUGCAAAGUGAGAACAGUUACAGAAUGUCUUCAGAGCAGGGACAGUGCAAUUCUGCUGAAAGGGUGGGGAAAUACCUCUCGGGAUGUGGUUAAAAAGCAGCUGAUCAGGUUCCAGUCUUCAAAGUACCUAUGGGAAAAGAAAAACAGCAGAUGCCUUAAAAUGUGCUGAAAUGACCAUUGUCUGGAGAUGGUUUGUAGCCUUCUGUCCCCAUUGGACUUGGCAGGUGAAGGAAGAUUUCAUCCUUUUGUUUUAGCUCACUCUCCCCCUCCCCCAUUGUACUCUUUCGUUCUUUUUCUCUCCCUUCCCUUUACAUUGUUUAAGAAAACACUGCAAGUGGAUGCCAGAAGCGGUAACAAUUCUAUUUGAGCCAUUUGUGGUCUAUUGUGUAAAUAGUUAGGAUAUUUUAAUAAUAUCGGUUUACACCCACCCUGUAACAAAGUCAAUGUUUUUAGACAUUUUUAAAAGAGAUAUAAUUAUAAACUUGGAUUAAACCCCCAACUACAGCAGCUGUAUUAAGUGCAGCACUGACAGCUUUCCCUAAAUUCCAUAAGUAUACUUGAAAACUUUUCUGUGCAAACUUUCAAAGUUUUUUUUAGUGGCCUGACAUAUAGAUACUUUGAUGGAAAGUGUUUAAAUGUGUCAGCAAAUAUAUUUAAGAUUAUCUUCUUCAGUCACGCGUAACAGUGAUGAAAUAUAUCCUGAAACAAAGAGAUACAGCAAAACUAGGAUGGGAUGGAAGGAAGGGCCAUCACUUUGAACUGUUGAACUACUAACUAUUGGCUCUUUUAGAGAGGACUCUGAAUAUUUUGUGUUAUCAGUAUUUCCAUAGUGCAGUGCUGCUAUCUAGGUGAAAACCCUUCCAUGCUGAUAGUUUUAAGGCAUCAUCUGCACUGAGCAGGAAAACAAGAUAUAGCAGUUGCUGGAAUUUGGCAUGUGAGGAGAAUAGUACCAAGGGCUUCAGCAUAUACUGAGCACUCAGCCCUGAUCUUUAACUGCAGUUUUGGCUAUUAUCAAAUUUUUAUAAUAAACCACUUUAACGUCUUUCUACUGAAUUGAAAAUAAAUGCACUCCUCUGCCAAGAUGCAGAUUGUUUCCCCACCUUUAUGACACUUUCCCAACACUGCACCCCUUUACACAUCUCCCCAGAUGUCGUCUGACAGAACUUCUUGUGUGCAAGUCAGAGAGUGACAUUUGUGAUCUUUCAGUCUGGAAGACUUGUGUUCUAUUAUUCGAGGAUGGGGGAUACUACUGAAUACAACUUUCUCCCAUAAUUCCAUUGUUAAGCAUGACUUUCUUUCCCAGGUUAAUGUGUGACCUUGAAUACAAAGUGCUAUCUUUCCAGAAUCCUUCGUGAUUAAUGUGCUGGGAGUUUCAGUUGUACUCUUUGGGCUUGGGACCUCCUAAACGCUGCACAAUUCUUUGCUUUCAGGUAGCUUACACAAAAUGGCUGAGAUUCCAAAGGAAUGACUGUCAAAUCAGUGUCGUUUUUUCCUUGAUCUGUGAUGCUGAUUUGCUCUGUGUGGUUUUGGGUAUAUUGCUUCAUGUGUUCCAUCAGCAUAUGAGAUAUUGCAACUUUCGAAUGGAAUUCAGGGAAGGUGUGUAGGUUUUGCUAUGGGACCUGCUUAGAGCUAGCUGACCCCUCCAUUUCCCACAUAACUAAACAGACUGGUAGUUUUUUUUAUGAAUCCAAAGGGGUGGAGUCAAUUCUCAAGCCCAGUUUUGGGGGGUAAUUUCUAUAUUGGCUCAGGUGAUGCUGAACCUAAGUGUACUAGAUUUUAAAGAGUGUGUGUUGUUAUGCAGCAGUUGGGAGCAUCUGUUAGCCUGUGAAUCCAUUUACCAUGAACAUGCAACAAAGAUGUCUUUUCCAUCUUAUUUUCACAGCCUUUCCAUUCUUGUUUGUUAUGUUUAUUAUUGUACCUAUUACACCAGCCCUGUUCAUUUACUGAUUUUAGUCAACUGUAUAGUUAAGAAUGAUGAUCAUGCUUUACUAUGCUGGAGAGGUGGUUGUAAAAAACAAUAGAUACAUUUAUUUAGCCCCGAAGGCAUUCCCUCCCCCUUGUUAAUGUCAACACGUUUACCAUUGUCAAAUUCAAAUUACAGCACUGUAAUUAUGUAUAAAGUUUUUUUAUUUAUUUGAAAUUAGGUUUUAGAUAUACUUUUUUAAAAAAAUUAACAUCUGGCUGGACAGUGUUCCAUUAACGCAUUGAUUGUGUCUCCUUUGUCUUAUGUUAAUAAAUAAUGAUGCCUGA